GUGAGGCCGCCCGGGGCACUCUGGGAGGACCCUCGGAACCCCGCGCCGACCCACAAGUUGUGAGCCACCCAGAGGCCCCCGCAUGGGUGCAGACUCUUCCUUGCAAGCAGCUCGGAGAAAACCCUGCAGCUGGUUCCAUUGAACAGUUGAGAAAACCCAAGCAAGGGCGAACCGCUCUCUGACCGCGUUCGCGGCCGACCCUGAGAUUGUCGGGGCCAUGGUGGAUCCCACAGUGACAGGCUACCGAAUAGCCGACUUGGCCCGCCAAGCUAGGCUACGGUUCCCACACGCCCCGACGCUCCCGCUGUGCCCUCAGUCCCGGAAGCGGAACUGCCUGCUUGUGAAGGGCGGGACCAGUACGGCCUGCUAUUGGCCGCCAGCGGCAGUGGCGUUCUUCUCCUGCCGCGCGCUGAUUGGCCGCGGGACGUCAACUCUCGAUAUUUGAAUCUGGGGCGGGCUCCGCGGACCACGGUCACGGACGGCCAGAGCCAGAGCUUGUUUGGAAUUACUUCGUCUCGGUUUCUCCAGCUCGGAUUCCUAGCGUGGAGCAGGGGCGGUGCUCCUUCCUUGCGGUAGGCGUCGGCGCGGGCCCAGGGCCCGUCAGCAGUAGGCAGAAUGAGUCUGCAUAUCUUAAAUGACGAAAAUGUCCCCAGUGAAAAGAGUUCAGAAAGCUGUGACUUCCUGUUUUCACAACCGGAACUUACCGGAAGAUCCUCUGUUCUCCGUCUGUCACAGAAAGAAAAUGUACCACCCAGGAACCAGGCCAGAGCCACAAAGGUGACUUUUCAAACACCUCUUCGGGAUCCACAGACACACAGGAUCUUAAGUCCUAAUAUCACCAGCAAACUUGAGACUCCUUUUGCUCUGGAUGAUGAUAUUGGAUUAGAAAACAAUCACUGCGUCUGCUUACAGAAAGAGAAUCAGCUGCCUUUAGCCCUAGUGGAUGAUACACCUGUGCUUCAGAUGGCAGUCGAGAUCCUAAGCGCAGAAGGUGAGGUACAGGAGGGAGUCUUGAAUUCCUCAAGCACUUCAGCUUCCACAAGUUUUCUGGACAGUGAGCUGGUGGCACCUCCUAUUGAACCAGUGCUAGAGCCUUCUCUUCAGGGACCAGAGUCUAUCAUGGAUGACAAACUGGUGGCGCCUCCUGUUGAGCCAGUGAUGGAGCCUUCUCUUCAGGGACCAGAGUCUAUCAUGGAUGACAAACUGAUGGCACCUCCUGUUGAGCCAGUGAUGGAGCCUUCUCUUCAGGGACCAGAGUCUAUCAUGGAUGACAAACUGAUGAUGCCUCCUGUUGAGCCAGUGGUGGAGCCUUUUCUUCAGGGUCCAGAGCCUAUCUCAGAUGACAAACCGAUGGCGCCUCCUGUUGAGCCAGUGCUGGAACCUUCUAAUCAAGGACCAGAGCCUAUCUUGGAUGGUGACCUUGUCCCUCCUGAGCCAGUGCUGGAGCCUUCUAAUCAGGGACCAGAGCCUAUCUUGGAUGGUGACCUUGCCUCUCCUGAGCCAGUGCUGGAACCCUCUCAUCAGGGACCAGAACCUAUCUUGGACCCAAAUGAGGAGAGCUUCAGAGACCCAGCAGAAGUUCUAGGUACUGGCGCUGAAGUGGAUUAUCUGGAGCAGUUUGGAACUUCCUCGUUUAAGGAGUCAGCCUGGAGGAAGCAGUCUUUGUACUUGAAAUUUGAUCCCCUCCUGAAAGAAAGCCCUGUGCGGCCAAUGCCAGUGGUCCCGGUGACAAAUAGUAUACAGGAUGCAGAUGAGUCUAGCUCGGGAAAUCCAGUGGAAGCCAAGCUUGUGGACCUAGAUUUCUUGGGAGCUCUGGAUGUUCCUGUGCCAGGCCCAUCUCUGUGUGUCCUUGAGCCUAGAGGUCUCCUUCCUGCAGAGCCUAUUGUGGAUGUGCUGCGAUACAGCCAGAAAGACCUGGAUGCAUUGGUGAAUGCGACACAACAGGAGAACUUGGAGCUGAGGAGCAAGUAUGAGGACCUCAACACGAAGUACUUGGAGAUGGGGAAGAUCGUGGAUGGGUUUGAGAAGAUUGUGUACAAAUCAAUGGAGGAUGCUGAGAAACAGAAGGAACUCUCAGAAGACAAAAUCAAGAAGGUUCUGAAAGAGAGAGACCAACUUACUGCAGACCUGAACUCUAUGGAAAAGUCCUUCUCUGACCUUUUCAAAAGGUUUGAGAAGCAGAAAGAAGUGAUUGAAGGCUACCGCAAGAAUGAAGAGUCACUGAAGAAAUGUGUUGAGGAAUACAUAGUGAAGGUUGAAAAGGAAGGCCAGAGGUACCAGGCAUUGAAGGCCCAUGCAGAAGAAAAGCUCAAGCAGGCAAAUGAGGAGAUCGCCCAAGUACGUAGCAAGGCCCAAGGAGAGACACUGGCCUUCCAGGCAAGUCUGAGGAAGGCACAGAUGCAGAUCCACUCACUGGAGAAGACUGUAGAACAGAAGACUAAAGAAAAUGAUGAGCUGACCAGGAUCUGUGAUGACCUCAUCUCUAAGAUGGAGAAGAUCUGACUGCAGCAGGCCAUCACCAACCCUCUGUUUGCCCGUUUCUUUGUCUGUAUGAUUUGUCUCUUGUGUGUGAUCUUUAACCCCUGUUCAUUUCUAAGUUAAAUUACUUUGAAGACUAAAGUUUAAUUUCAAACUCAAAA